CAAAGGUUAUAGUAGCUUUCGCUCUAAGCAAGUGUCUGCACGCAUCUCUACUGUGACCAGAUGAGGACCCGACACGCUCACACGUGAGCGGUUUUUUUUGACUCACGCUUUAUUCUCAGUGUUCAUUCUAGCUCGAGCCGCCUGAGCGGACGCGGGCAGAGAGCGCGCUGUCGCACGCAAUUCGAUGCUUUACGGAUUAUCCCCUCAAACUGUCGAUACAUGAAGAAGGAACUCGAGGCAGGAGGGAUAUGCCCAUGUUGCAGUAGGAAGAGAGAGGAAGGAGGCAGCGAAGCGUUUCUGAUGACAGUGGGUCCCCAUCGCGUGUUCCUUUCUCUGUAACGACCAUGCUUUAUUUUCAGUUGGUAAUAAUGGCUGGGACAGUCAUGCUAGCUUAUUACUUUGAGUACACCGACACUUUCAACGUGCGUGUGCAGGGAUUUUUCUGCUAUGACAGUUCCUACACGAAGCCCUAUCUUGGACCUGAAGAGUCGAGCGCUGUACCCCCAGCGGUCCUAUAUGCAGUGGUCUCCGGAGUGCCCGCACUUGUGAUCACAGCCACAGAGUCUGUGCUGUUUCUGCUGCAGUAUGUUUCUGAGGAUCUGGAUAACCGUGAAAAGAUCAUCGUGAUGGGGGACUGCUGUUACCUCAACCCUCUUGUUCGCAGGACUUUUCGAUUUCUGGGUGUGUACGCCUUUGGACUGUUCGCCACGGACAUCUUUGUGAACGCUGGCCAGGUGGUGACGGGGAACCUGGCGCCCCACUUCCUGACCGUGUGCCGGCCCAAUUACACGGCCCUGGGCUGCCAACAGAACGCCAUCUUCAUCAACCAGCAGGAAGUUUGCACGGGAAACGAGGAUGAUGUCACACGCGCCCGCAAAUCCUUCCCCUCCAAGGAGGCUGCUCUCAGCGUUUACGCCGCGCUCUAUGUUGCUAUGUACAUCACAUGCACUGUGAAGAACAAAGGCACGAGGUUAGCAAAGCCCGCUCUGUCUCUGGGCCUCAUCUGUCUGGCCUUCCUGACAGGAAUAAACAGAGUGGUAGAGUACAGGAACCACUGGUCUGAUGUCAUCGUCGGCUUCAUCAUCGGAGGAGCUAUAGCUACAUUCAUGGUGGUGGGCGUGGUGCAAAGAUUCAAAGGGAAGCCCUUGCUUAGUGAAAUCCCUCCUGAGGAGAGCCUGGACAGCAUGCCCAUAAUCAGCCACUCUCGGGAGGAGAACCCUCUGGAGAAGUACAUUACUACCCAGAAUCCCAUCACCUUUGCUGAGGUCACAUGACAGCUAUAAGGCCCGGCACUGCGGACGCCAUCGCUCUUCUCUGUCCGGUCCUCGUAGUUGGAGUGCAGCGCUAAUCCCAUCGUUAGAUAUUUUCACCGCAGUACAGUACAUCUGACCGCAUCAGUGUUACGCGUCCUCUGUGCAGAUGGAAAUAUGAUGCAUUGCAGUGACAGCACCUGCUUCUACACCCAUUUAUUACAUGGAUCAUUUUCAGUGGGACUGGGAUAUCCACAAAGACCCUAUUUUUGUACAAAGAAUCCAACAAAAAACACGUCCCCAAGGCUUAUCUCUGCACUCUGUUUUGUGGGCAACAUAAAUGGAUUUAAAUGUAGUUGGCUACAAUGGUAAAAAAACAAAAAACAACAACAAAAAAAAAACAAACAAAAAAAACAUUGUGAAGUCUUUCCAAAGUUUUACUUUUUGUUGUAGUUUAUGCAUUUCAACAUUUCUGUUUAUGGCAUUUUAUUUUAUUUUUGUAUGCACUUAUUUAUACCAGUGUGCUGUAGAAUUUUCACUUUCUAAAAAUGAACAAGUGAAGGAAAUCACUCUUAUUUAGUUUAGAACUCAACCAGGAAGCACGAAGUCACCAUUUUAUUUGUUCUGUCAACUUUGGAGAUUUUUUUCUGUUUUAUAUUUUUGAUUUAUACAUAAAAUGAUGCUUUGAUUGCAUUAUACUGCAGAUUUAUUGUGGAUUUGACCCAAAAAUCAAGUUGAUACAUUCCCACCAAUAGCUUUUAAUUAGUUGAUUGAAAUCUUGUGAGGAGCACUGUAAAGGGUAAGUCAUACUUAUUCAUAAAUAUGUUAUUGAUUUUUGGGAUUGCCAGUAGAUAAAAGCACUGCCUGUGUGAAGACCCUUAUUCACUCAUGUUCACUUGAAAAGUGGUUGAAUGAGAGCAGGCUGAUUGGUCCAGGAAGCUGUUUAAGGAUGUGACAUCCUGCAAACCUCCCUUGUUCCAUUCGUUUUGGAUUUCUCUUGGGCAGGGUUCUCAAACUAUGCUCCAGGAGAGCCACAUGGGCUGCUUGAACUUUUCACCUUGAACUUAAGUUACCAUUUUACACUAGAAACCUGAUUUGAUGAAUUAUUACUUUAACUGAUUGAAUUAGUUCAGUGACAGCAAUCUUUAGCAUUCAGUAAAUUGGAUGUAUUGGUCCUCGCUUCAGUUCACAUAUGGGUGGCUUCAUCAGUCAUAGAAACCACCAUAAACCACACCUCAAACUAUUUUACCUAGGAGCUAUUUAAGAAAGUUUUCACCUUUACACUUCAUGUUUAUACUAAAGUCCCAGCUUGGUUGGGUUUAUAGACCCAUUUGCCUCUGGCAUCUGCAACCACCAUCCUCACUGGUGCUUGAAGGGCUGUAUAAAUAAUAAAAGUCUGCUCAUGUACAAAAACAAAUAAAUAAUUGAAUUUGACUUUUCUUAAGAAUUGCAAUAAUGCAUUUUAAAUAUGACCCCCCCCCCCCCCCGACCCAUUUUUCUGGAGUGAACACCUGUCAAAUAUUUAUUUAAUUAUAAAUCUGAAAAAUUGCACACUGCUUAAAUACAUUUUUUGUUAGCGACUAAAGGAUUAUUAUGGUUUCGGAGAUAAAUGUAAUUACAGUCAAGGAUUGUUAAGCCCACACUUGAAGUCUCAUUUUUGUUUAUAGUGAACCUUUAAACAUAAGCAAAUUCCCAAAUUAAAAUGUUUUUUUUUAAAAAAGGCUUUGCUUCUGGCUCCUGUUAAAUUUGGAAAGAAUAUAUAACUGAGCUUUAGGGAAUUUUAUAUUGAUUCUGUGAAGCCAUGGGACUUUUUUCAAAGUUUAUAGAUAAAGUGUUGUUAUUCCCUAGCUUUCAGGGUUUCCGUCUUCUGUGACUUUCCAAUUUUAUUUUGAAACAGGAACCUUAUGGCAUAAGAAACCAUGUGAGGGAAGAGUGUGCUUGUGGGAGGCACACAGUAUGCACAAAAGCAGUCCAAGACAAGACAAGAGGCUCUAACCUCUUUGGCACAUUUGAUGGAGAAUGGACUAAGUGCACUGGACAAUCAACAGUUCUGAGUGAAUUGUAGGUAAUUCCAGCAGAUGUCAAGUGAACUUAAGUGGACCAGAGUAGAGCAAGGUUGAAGUGAGUUUAAAGAUGUGGCAUUGAUUGCCAUCCACCAUGCAAGACAUGCAGGGAUACCUUUAUUUGUAAUUCCUAUUCCUAGUCCUAGUGUCUUUAUUGUGUAAUGAUUUCACUUUAAUUUCAUCGGAUGUAUUUUGCUCUCUGUUUAUUGAAUGUGGUUGAUAUGAUGAUAUGUUGUUACUGAAAUGUAUCCUCCUGAGACCCACACAAUUAGUUAUUGUCCUCUGUAGUGGACAUGGGUCUCUGGUCUUAAUCUCAAGAACCAUAUAUUCAACAAAUAAAAUAAAUAAUAUUUUUUUAAACACUCAUUGUAACACGUUUUUAUCAUCCUAGACACGUAUUAUUUUUUCUGUCUGGUCUCUGGAGGAUAUGGAUGUAACCACAGGUCAGCAUUGAGAUCUUUUUGAAUCAAAAGAGUUAAUGCAUGAUUUAUUUUCAUUCUCUUAGAGGAAUUAUUUUAAGUUAUGGUAUUGCAAGGGCCAUAAGUAUGCACCUUUCUUGUUAAGUGGCAGAUUUUCAAAAGAGCUGUAUGUAGCUUCUUAUGUAAAGUAUGAAGAAUUAGAUAAGGAUUAGAGAUGGUCUUACAAUUAUGUAUACUGCAGAAUUACUUCAGCAUUACCUAAAACUGAAAUCCAGUGUUGAAUUCAAAAUUUAGCCAAAAAAUCAUUAUCUCUGAAAAGAAUAGUGUACAAUAUGAAGAAGAGUUGUUGCGGAUGUAGAUGCAAUAUGAACUGGUAUAUGUGUAGCAUGCCUGUGGACAGCAGUUACAUUUAAUUUAUUUCACAAUCCAAGUCUCAAACAGUAUUCUAAAUUAAAAUUUUCACAAUUUUCACUAUAUUUCCCAAAAGCAAGUUAUGAAGCAAUAACAACUGUGGCCAUUUGAUAUAUUUCCUAUGGGCUUAAUCAAUAGCAGGAAAAUGUAUUCUCCAUUCUUCUGUCUCUGAAAUAAAUUAUUGCCUCAAUUUAAGGACAUAACACUCUGAGCAGAAAGCCAGUUAUUAAUUAUAGUGCAAUAUGCUUCUUAUUAAUUUGAGGAAAAUAGUAGCACAGUCGUCCUAAAUGUAAAAAGCAUAAACAUUUUUCAUUAAAAUUGAUGAUUACUGACUCAAAAUGUAACUUAAUUAAGGACCAGGAGUUCUAAUUUCACAAUAGAUAUAAUAUAAUCAUUAACUAACUUUGUCUCCUCACAAUUGUGCUCUUUAAAGAAAAAAAUAAAGAAAAAUUACACGUGUGAUCUAGGCAUUUUUCUGGUGCAUAUCCUGUUUUCUCAAUAAUAUAAAAAAAAUGUAAUGUAAUAUUAAAAAAAUAAUAAUGUAAAUUUCCAAAGGUAACUGCAGUGUGUGUUACACGUGUUAACACCUCCCCAUAAAAUAACUUUUUUGGUUUCAGAACACAUGCCAAAUUGAUUCAUAGUCUAUAAAUACUUUGUUAUGAUUACAGUUCUCAAUGAAUGUUCUGUAUCAUUACAAAAAUGGUACUAAAUACCCAAAAUAAAUAACAAAAAACGUGCUUGAUUUAUUAUGAUGUAUUAUGAAAAAUUCUGCUGUCGAUUAGUAUUGAUACUGCAUCAUGGCUCUUCUGAAAGUUCACAUUUGUAUUAUUUUCGAAGUUAAAAUAUACACAUAUAAUGUCCUUGUGAUUGAUUUUCUUGUCAAAUGUCCUAAUGGUUUUGCAGACAAUUUCCCUGAACGCAUGUAAAGGAAGUGUAUUUAUCUGUACAUUUAAAAAUGAGCUUUCUAUUUUAGAUUGUUUUGUAUCAAGUUUUCGUUACUCUUGGUAUCUUGUUCAGCAGAGCCAAAAAGACUGUUCUCCAUGACAAUGUAUUGGCCAUAUGUUUUGUAUGAGUUCUACCCGGUGUCUACCCUGAAUGAAUGAGUAAUUAAUAAUUAUUUAAUUAUCUUUAUUUCAACUGGCAGUCAUCUUUUACAUAAGUUUGUACAUAUUCCCAUUUAUUAGCUCUGUACUGUACAUAUACUGUACACGUAUUCAUAUUUUAAACUUCUGUUACUUUUAUGAAUACAUUACCUUUCACUCUGUAGAGGACCGCAAUUUGAAAAAAUAAUACACCCUGAAACCUCUUUGAAUAAAAAGGAAAAUAAACAACAAAA